GUGUGUGUGAAUACGAAGUGUGAGGAGGAGGGCAAGCUGAGCGUGCAGUUUCUGGGUGAUAAUGAAACUACAUGGUACGAAUGUGAGGAGAACAAAAAAAUCACUCUGAAUAACAAAAACUGGACUGGAACUAUUACGUGUCCCAAGUACGCCGAUGUGUGCACCAGGUACCCCAACAUCACCAAUAAGGAACCCUUACCUGAGGUCACCGACAAGGACAACGAGCCUGCUCCUGCGAACAUAACGUGGCCCAUCAAACCCAAAGACCCGUCCCCUCUGCCCCAUCCACCAACAGAACCAACCAUGGAAACUGUUGGGGCACCACAUGUUGAGAGAGAACUAACUUCGUCUAAUCCUAAUGUACCCACUGACUCAUCGGGACCCGCACAUACGACCACACCGGUGCAGAGAGAUGUUUUUGAGAAGGAAAGGAUUGACUCUCCGACAUCCACUGCUCAUUCUGAAACGAUGCUCGACCAA